UAGAUUUCUUCAGUCUGUAAAAUUCAUUUUUGAAAGAAAUAUGUUUAACCCUGUAGCUAUCGGUGAUAGUUGUCCUUUGAACGAAGCAGCAUGGAACAUAAGAAAAUCAAAUUUCAACUGUUCAAGUGAUUUUCCAUAUCACUGCAUUCCAAACAAUGGGCGUGUUCCGGGCGAUAUUUGUAUUGGAUUAAUCUGGGUUCCACCGAAUUACUGUCCUGUGUAUAACCUCAAUGCUGAAAAAUUAGAUGUGGAGCCUUGUGACCUUCAGCGAGGGACCUGUUCAGGUGUUGAUUUUCAAUCCCCAGAUGUGUACAAAUAUACUGGAUGCCUGAAUAUGACAAGACAAGAGAAACCAUCUUCUGGAGGAAAUUCCCAGCCCCUCCCCCUCCUGCCCAUUAUUGUGGGUAGUGUCUCCUUUGUAUGCUUAGUGGUUGUCAUUGCCUGUAUCUUCUGUCUGUGUAGAAGAAGGGGAAACAGUUCAGGUAAAAAAGAGAAAGAUGUAGAAUUGCAACAACCAUUAGUGGAGACAUUUCCUUCAGAUUUUCACAGGAUUUGUCAUUAUUUGAGUGCAAAUGUCUUCACCCCAACAAAGAUUUUCACCAAAAGUGUUGGUCUGUUUGAAGUUCAUGGGAAUUUACUGUUGAUUGGUCCACAUGGGUCAGGAAAAACCACUAUAGCAGUCAACCUUCUCAACAAAAAGGUAAAUACAACAUCAAAUGGCAAAAGAUGCUUUGUUGAAGUUUGCAACUCUGUUGAGGAAAUUGCAAGUAAAAUGGAUGAAUCCACAGUUACUUAUGUGCUGCUGGAUGAUGCAAUGGAGCAAUAUGCCUACCAAGAGUCUUUACUUGACUCUCAUUUAGAGAUGUAUCAGGAUUAUAUGAGAUUGAUAGAGGCUGGUCAGCUUCGCAUCAUUUGCACGGUUACAGAUACCACUUGGAACACUUUCAGUUCAAAGUUAUUGCAAUGUCCAUUUUUCUCCAAAGAAUUUCAGAUUGAAUUAAAUGACAAGACAAUAGACAAACAUGAAAAGGAGGAAAUUUUAAAGAAGCACCUGCAGUUCAACAAGUUUGUGUUGACUAAAAAGAAGAAAGACGAGAACCUGAAGAAGAUAGAUAAACAUCAUGCUGAUAGCUCUCAAAUCGUUAUCUCAGAAGACACAAUCAGGUCCUGGGUAAAGAAAGCAAAAACAAGGAACGGAAUUGGCCCACCUCUGCUCUUUGAUCUGAUUAGCACAAACAGGUUUCUGUUUGUAAAUGCGGGAAUGGCUAUUUCUGACAGUUUGGAGGAAGUUUUGAAGAUGAGAAUUACACAUCUGAGGAAGGAUUCAACUGGUCCUCUAGACAAGGAUUUUGCCAGUCUGCUUAUUUUUGCUGCUUUCACUGGUGGAAAGGUAUCUGUGCAAGAUUUCGUGGAUAAAGAAUUGAUGUAUGUUGGAAUUUGUAGUAAAGUAGGUUGCAGUAAGAAAGGUGACAAAGAAAUUGAAGGCUUUUUAAACAUGCAUGAGAUGCUAGGCUACUUAUAUCCUUUGAGAGAUUGCUAUGUUUUUCAUCACAAAGUUCUUACUACAUUGAUCUUAUCUGUAAUGAUGAAGGACAGUGAAGAGUUUGUGUUGCAGCAUGCAGACCUCAAUGUUCUCUACAGAACACUUCAACCUCAGAAGAGCAAGUACCCGGUCUGUGUGAAAGUAAAUGAGAAGUCAUUGGCAAGUUUGGCUGAUAGAAUAUGUAAGGAAACCCCAGAUGUCAUUGGAAAAUGGCAAAAACAUGUGAUCAUGCAAAGUGAGAAGAUUAAGAAGAGAUUAGUAAAGGCAAUAGAAGAUUGCAUGGAUGGAGAUGCCCAAACAUAAAGCUGAUAAUAAUCCUUAAAAGUGAACUUUAACAACUAGUUUGCUGCAAAAUUGAAAACCUAAGCAAUCUUUUCCAAAUUAUUUGUGGCAAAAUUGAAAUCCUGAUUAUAAUAAAACAUAUUUGGCUUGUCCUAGAAGACGAAGAAGUAGUUUGUAGAUGAAAUAUAAAACCAGAUAGUAGGAUACUUUAGCAAUCAACAAAGUCAACUAUUAAAUCCUUAUUGUGGUAAG